UUAAUACUAAAACCCUACCCUAAACCCUUCGUCCCAAAAAAAGCUCUCAACUUUUUCGAAUUCUUCCAAUUGUUUAAAGUGUGAUUGUGUAUGAUGGUUGCGGAUGAAAUGGCUAUGAUGAACCCAGAGAAUGAGGAUUUCGAUCCAGAAACAGAGUCGGAAUCGGAAGAUGAAGAAGGAGAUCAGCAAGUCGUAAAGCUGGCUGAACCUUCAAAAACUGCUGUAUAUAACAGGGAUGGUUUGCUUGAAAGGCUGGCUGAUAUCAGUUGGCCUGAUGAUUUGGAUUGGACUCACAGGCUUAGCAUCAACAGGGAGGAGCAAGAAGAGGUGGAUGUGAACGAUGAUUUGGCGAGGGAGCACUCGUUUUACACGCAGGGGUUGGAGGGUAUACGCCAAGCGUACGUCAACUUUCAGUCAACUGGUGAACCAUUUCUGAGGCCCUCUGAUUAUUAUGCGGAAAUGGUGAAGUCAGACACUCACAUGGAGAAAGUUAAGGGCCGACUCUUGGCUGAGAAGAGGAGGAUUGAGGAGUCCGAGGAGAGGAGGAAGGCCAGAGAUAACAAGAAACUUGCGAAGGAUGUACAAGCACAGAAGAUGAAGGAAAGAACUAAGCAGAAGAAGCAAGAGAUUGAGUCUGUUAAAAAGUGGAGGAAGCAGAGGCAACAAAGCGGCUUUGAUAAAGAAGAUGCUGGCGGUCUAGAUUUGGCAUUUAAUGGAGGAAAUGCUGAUAAACCCUAUCAGAGAUCAAAUAAGAAGAGACCUGGUGUAUCUCCCGGAGAUCGUUCAGGUGGGAAAGCAACAUUUGGUGGGAAAGGGAAGGGGUUUGACAAAAAGAGGAAAAGCAGGGAAUUCAAGGAUUCCAAGUUUGGAUUUGGUGGGAGAAAAGGUUUGAAGAAGCAGAACACUGCUGACACUACCAACGAUUUCGGAGGAUUCCACAAAGGUGAUCGUUCUGCAAAAAACAACAAGCGCGUAAAGAGAUAGUUCUGGUUAUCACUUACUACUUUUUGUUGUACUAGACCAAAGUUAUUCCUUUGUUACGCGGAUGAAAUAGUACUUAAUUGAGAGCUAUUGUUA